CACAAAGUGCCCAUGUCACCUAGAUGAUGGCCAGAAGGAAGGUGGAAGAGAACCACCAUCUCUUUGGCCAUGACUACCUGGAGUGUGUCAGACUGCCAGAUGCGAUUUAUGCUGCUGUUCAGCCGGCAGGGGAAACUGCGGCUGCAGAAGUGGUACCUGGCCACGUCCGACAAGGAGCGGAAGAAAAUGGUUCGGGAGCUUAUGCAGGUUGUGCUGGCUCGCAAGCCCAAGAUGUGCAGCUUUCUGGAGUGGAGGGACCUCAAAGUCGUCUAUAAGAGAUAUGCCAGCCUCUACUUCUGCUGCGCCAUCGAGGGCCAGGACAAUGAGCUCAUCACGCUGGAGCUGAUCCACCGAUAUGUGGAGCUCUUGGACAAAUACUUUGGCAGCGUGUGCGAGCUGGACAUCAUCUUCAACUUUGAGAAGGCCUACUUCAUCUUGGACGAGUUUCUGAUGGGGGGUGAUGUCCAGGACACCUCCAAGAAGAGUGUGCUGAAGGCGAUCGAGCAGGCGGACCUGCUGCAGGAGGUAGGGGUGGGCCGGGGCUAGGGAGGAACAGGAGCA